CAAAUUUGGAGCGACUUUCAGCUUCAGUGCUACGCCUCGUUGAAAUUUUUUUUAACGCUGCCUUUGUAAAACAGGCGAAUAACAGGUUACUAUGGAAACUGUACUUGAACAGCAGCGUCGCUAUCAUGAGGAGCGAGAGAGACUCGUAAAUGAGUUGACUAAAGAAAUGCUUUACCACCCUACUACGCAUCGAGAAAAAUUAAAUUCUGAACUUCGAUUGAGACUUAUGUAUGAUAGAUACUUUGAUGUCACACAAGAUCUGAAAGAUCUCUAUGAAGAUAAAGAUGGCCUUCGUAAGGCUGAUAUUCAAACACUAUCAGGUCCAAAUGAAUUCAAUGAAUUUUACGACCGAUUAAAGCAGAUUAAAGAAUUUCACCGUAGACAUCCUGGAGAGAUAUGCGUGCCAAUGUCUGCUGAGUUUGAGAAAUACAAAGAGAUGAGAGAAAGACCAGAAGAAGCUAAUGCUGUCCUCAUUGACUUUUCAGAUGAAGAAGGUUACGGUCGUUAUCUGGAUUUGCAUGAUGUAUAUAAGAAGUAUCUGAAUGUAAAAGGUGUCCCGCGCAUAGAUUAUCUCACAUAUAUCUCAUUCUUUGAUCGGCUAUAUGAUAUAUCCCGUGAUAAAAAGGGAAUAGCUUACAAAGCUUACCUUGAAGAAUUAUUGGCCUAUCUUGAGAACUUUGUAUCACGUGCCAGACCUAUAGUGGAUUUGGAGGAGGAAACUAAAGAAGCACUUGCUAAAUUCGAGACACAGUGGACCCAAGGAACAUUUCCUGGUUGGGGUCGUGAGGCAGCUUCUGCUUUGGCUCACGGUGGAGCUCACUUAGAUUUGACUGCUUUUACAGCCUGGGAAGAACUUGCUUCUCUUGGACUUGAUAGGCUGAAAUCAGCACUACUUGCUCUAGGACUGAAAUGUGGUGGGACCUUGGAAGAAAGAGCUCGUCGUUUGUGGGCUACAAAGGGAAAAGCUCUCGAAGAGUUGCCUGCAGAUCUUUUUGUAACAAAACAACGUUCCACUAAAGGUUUUGCCAAGACAGCCGCAUGGGGUCAUGUUCCUCCAGCAUUGUCCGAAAAGUUGAAAGAGAUCGCUACGCUAGAGGCUAGAAUAUACAGACUUAGUGAAAUCCUUAAAGAACACCGAGAUGCCACAAUCGAAAAUGUGCAACGUCGUCAGGCACGGAUAGGCUUUGAACGAGAUGAAGAUGAUACAGAUGCAGAUAAAGAUGCUGCAGGUGCAGAGAGUGGACAAAAUGGAGGUGAUGACGAAGAUGAUAUUCCAUACAAUCCAAAAAAUUUGCCUCUUGGUUGGGAUGGCAAACCUAUUCCUUAUUGGUUGUACAAACUGCAUGGUUUGAAUAUGUACUACAGCUGUGAAAUAUGCGGUAAUCAAACCUAUCGUGGUCCUAAAGCUUUUCAACAGCACUUUUCUGAAUGGCGACAUGCUCAUGGUAUGCGGUGUUUAGGUAUCCCAAACACAAUACAUUUUGCCCAUGUAACAAAAUUGAAGAUGCUCUAGCUCUAUGGCAACGUAUAAGAACAAUGAAAGAAGCUGAACGUUGGCGUCCAGAAACUGAAGAGGAAUUAGAAGAUUCCUCUGGUAAUGUUGUAUCUCGGAAAACAUAUGAAGAUUUAAAACGUCAGGGUCUUCUUUGAAUCUGAACACUGAAUUUUACUUCCCUCCUUUUUUUAUAUAAUGUACACUGAUGAAAUACAAAAGUGUUUACUUCAA